UCAGCAUGAAAAUAAGUGAAAAGGUCACGAGUUCAAUCUGAACCACUAAAUUGAACCAAUCCUGGAAUGAUAAAUUAAAGACAGGUAAGUCAGUGCAACAGAUGAACAGUAAACAGUAGUCAUACUUUGGUUGCGCAAAUAAUUACGUAUCAUAAAAAGGCUCAAUGAAACAGCUGCCAAAGAGUGUAGGACACCACCUGGAGGGAAAGCUCAAGCAAACAGCAGCGUGUCGAUAAGGAGCGGCUCUCACGUCGUCAUUCCUUCAAACGUUUCCUCUCCGGGUUGCGCUCUCGGCACCGCCUCUGCACUCCACCGAAACUUGAAGGAAGCGCACCUGUCGGGCCGGAGAGGGAGACGCCGUGGGUCCGUGUGGAGAACCCGUUUCCCAGAAGCUGUCAGGAGCCGCGAUGUGAACUCGCUGACUGAGGGGUUUUUGUACUUUUUGUGAGCUACAGCUGAGGCGUUCGUGUCACCGCGGACAGUUUGGAUUUAUGAGCAUUAAAAGUUGAAAACGGGCACUUCCGGGUUUGGAAGCUACUUGCUCCUUGUCAGCAUGGAAAAUAUUGAGAUAGAAGAAUAUCCAGAUGAAAUCGAUGGAGCACCAGUUUCAGUUGUUCGUAAGAAGGCAGGUAACAAAGACGGCGUGGCCAACAGCGAUCCUGGUGCAACAGAGAGGGGCCCAUUAAUCCAACAGAGAAAUGGUACCAAUGGAGCUCAGCCGUUCUCUGCACAUGAAGCAGAGGCUCAAGAAUCUGGAAAGGGAAGCAUCAAAUGGCUAAAGGAAGAGCUGAAUGAGAAAGUCUUCUGGGAAAUUAGACUGUGGAUGAUCAUAAUCUUCGUCUUUCUUGUCAUCAUUGCAAUUAUUUUCAUUUCACUGGCCAUCUGUGCAGCGAUCCAUGAGGAUGAAGAUGACAUAUUUGACCCUUCGUCGUUUACAUUCCCUCAUUAUUUCGACGGGAGCUUCAAGAUGCCAAACCAGCUCUUCACCGUGGACCUCGCCAACAUUUCCUCCAGUAAAGGCCAAGCGCUGGCUGCAGAACUUAAAACAAAGCUCACUGAUCUCUACAAGUCCUCUCCUGCUCUGGGGCGAUACUUCUCUGAAGCAGAGAUCUACGCUUUCAGGAACGGUUCAGUCAUUGCUGACUACAAGCUGACGUUCCAGCUGCCUGAAGAGGAGAAGGAUCAGCUGAGGAAUUUUACCCUGAGCACGGAGAUGGUGUACAACGUGUUCAGACAGUUUCUUUAUGACCAGGAUUCACCUGAGUCGGAGCCAAUGUUCAUUGAAUGCGAUUCCCUACAAAUGGUGUCGGGACGAUGAGGACAAAAGUUCACACAGAGACCGGAAAACCGGCUCUUUUUGUUUUUACGUGAGCCACGUCACAAACACUAAACUCCUGGAACUUUUAAUGUGAUUGUUUUCCCACGAGUCCACAUGUGAUGCGUCUUUACCACAGGAAGCUAUGAUCAUAAUUGCAUAAACCUGCUAUGUUAGUCAUGUGGAUGAUCUCAUCCCAUCAGGAUUUUUUUUUUUUUUUUGUAUAUAACCCUUGUAUAUACCUCAUUACUGUGAUAUAUUUAUGAAAGAAAACUGCUGUUUUAAUGGAAUUCAAAAUGAAAUUUAUUUGUGUAACUAUGCCUUUAUUUUUUUUGGAGACAUCACCUGCAAACAUCCAGAAAUAUUUGCCUAGAGGGCAACAAACAUGAGUAGAAACUUCACAGGGAAAUUGGUUAUUUGCAUAUUAUUGCAUAUUAUUGCUGCACAUCCCAGAUAAACUGUGCCCUUGAUACACAAAUCGUUUCAUGUAGUAAGACACGUUUUAAACUUCUCCUCAGUUUUAUUUCACAUUCACAAGCUUCACUGUGUGUUAGGGCCACUUUCUUUAUUGAACACUAGAGGGAGCACCCCCGGAGAUUUUCUCUCUCUGGUUCUGUUCGCAGAGAAUGAGAAUUUAAAUUAUACAAAUAUUCCAGAGUAGGCAGCACAUUAUUGCAAAGGAUUAAUAGCAAUUUAUAUUUGAUAUUUUUUCUGAAAGGGUGCUUUGUCAGUAUGUUUAAGAUUUUGUUUAAGAUUACAGCUGUAAUAAAUGUUUCCUCUCAGAUGCUCAUAACUCUUCACUAUGACUUGUUGCAUUUCCCAAAAUGUGUUUCUCAAUUAAAAAAAACAUUAGUCCUUCUUUUAAA